AUGGGAAGCGAAGAUGAACAGGCACAAACUAUGAAAGUGAAAGAUCAAGAAGAACUGUUCAUCAGGAAACCUACAUUGAAGCCUGUAUCAAACAAUUCGAAAGUAGCACUAGGAGUGCCUGCUUCACGGCUUCCACACCAUGUUUUGGUUAAAAUCUUCCAGUAUUUAAAUUUGAAAGAUAUCAAAAAGUGCAUGCUUGUUUGUAAACAUUGGAACAAUGUUCUCGCUGUGGAGGACAGCCCUGUUUGGGCAUAUUUUUCUCAAAAACUACUUCCUGAAUGUGCUUUAACUGAUCCAUUCCUUCUGUCUGAAGUAGGAUCAUACAAGAAAAAGCUCAGAGCUUAUUUCCAUGCAUGGAAUGCUAAUGAUGUUUCUAAACAUAAUUAUGUAAGAACUAACGGGUUCACUGUUCACCGUCAACCAGUAGCUCAAAGCACUGACGGUGUCCGUGGAAAGAUAGGUAUUUCUCAAGGUAUUCAUGCCUUUAAUUUGGUCUGGGAAGGACCUCUUGGGACUGUGGCAGUAAUCGGUAUAGCUACAAGGCAUGCUGCUCUGCAUUGUCCAGGCUAUGUUCCUCUACUUGGUAGUGAUGAACAGAGUUGGGGAUGGAAUCUGGUUGACAACGCUCUUUUGCAUAACGGCGAACAACUAGGUAUAUAUCCAAGAGUUAAUAACCCACCUAAAUAUCAAGUCGGAGAGAAAAUCAGAAUGAUUGUCGAUUGUGAUAAACACCUGAUCUAUUUUGAACGGAAUUCGGACUUCCUUGGAAUUGCGUUCGAAGAUCUUCCUCCUGUGAAACUCUUUCCGGCAAUAUGUGCCGUAUAUGGCAACACAGAAGUUUCCAUGAUUUAUGAAGGACAACCAGUAUUAGGUUAA